AUGGAGGUCCCAGAAAUGGAACUCCCUACGAUUCAAGAAAUCAACCAGCAACUCGCAAAGCGGCGGCGUAAGUCUUACCCGAAAGCAUGUUACCCGUGUCGCUGUCGGAAAAUACGCUGUGAUCACAUGAAUCCCUGUGGGAAUUGCGUCAAACACGAACAACCCAAGCUCUGCGUAUAUCUUGACCAGAACGGACAAGCGCGGAGGCAGUCCAGUUCUGCUCCUUCGAGAGCGUCAAAUGCAUCGACCAAAGAUCGGGUGGCCGCUCUUGCGGAUCUUGAACGGAGGAUGCAAACAAUUGCAGAGGAGGUAGUCAGACGCCUGGGUUCUUCUGGGCCAGCUCAAGAACAGACGCAGCAACUGCAGAGAGGUGGAAGGAGUGCCGGUGCGACGAGCACGCCUCUGGAGGUACCUGGGUAUCAUCGAACGUCACCGCGUCAUACACCACCAGCCACUGUUGCGGUGGACGAACUCGGUCCAUCCGUACACGUCGGUACCGAGUCACUGGCGUCGAUCCUCGUUGAAACGCUUAGAUCGGGUCAUCCCAAAACGCCUGCUCCUCGAUCAGGCGAGGGAACAGGUCUAUCCCGAGAUUCGGCAUACGAGACAAUGAAACUACUAUACAUGACUGAUACGGGCUCGACACACCCUUUCACAAGUCUUUGGAAGGCAGGAGCCACGGUGGAAGACAUCUGCCUCGCCCUACCAGACGACGAAACUUUCGAGCAGUGUCUUACUUCUUGGCAGCAAUCAACGAACCUCAUCUCCCCGUCGCUUCCCUUGGUCGACUUUGCAGCGGAUGUCAGAUCCUUUUGGGUCGAACGCUCCAAGGGCAUAAAGAGAGAAAGCGAGCUGCGGUCUACUUCGUGGCUUGCACUACUGUUCUGUAUUCUUGCUGGAGGAUGCUCUUACGGAGAGGUUCACCGGUCCGAGAUGGAGCUCAAUUCGAGAGUCUUUGUCUGUUGUGCCUUUGAGCUCCUCCGGCUCGACAACUAUCUGCUUCAACCAACGCUGGAAAAUGUCCGCGUACUCGCCGGGCUCGCCGCAAUUCUUCGAGUCCAGGCUAAUCCUGCCGCUUCCUGGUCGUUGCUAGGGAUGGCUAUUCGCGCUGCGCAAUCCAUUGGUAUACAUUGCGUACCGCCACCGACCGAGGAAUCUUCCGACACUGAGCGCCAAUCUUGGCUAUUGUGGCAAGGUCUCGUAUGGCAGGACACCACAAUCUCGCUGUGCUACGACCGGCCUCCAUCUGCAUUCGUAGAUGGCUCGGUGCAGCGAAUUCCACGGCCUCCCAGCCCGAAAGGAUAUCCAUAUCUGGAGAGCUGUUACGGACUUGCUAUGGUGAUGAACGACAUCUACCACGAUUGGACACAUUCGCGGCGGACCGGUCUGCGGACGCUCCCGGCGGUGCGCUUCCAAGUUGCCGCCGAGCAGAUCCUUCUCUGGGAGGCCUCUGCCGAAGAGUACUUGCGGAAGCGUGCCAGCUGCAAAGAUGACCAGCGUCGCCUGCUUCACGACGUAUUCCAGAUAUUCGUCAGCUUCUUCGUCUUCCAACUCCAUCGGCAUCAUCUGGCUGCACCUACCCUGUUCGCAGAUGGUCUCCAGACUGCGUCUCCUUCGGGGACGGCGGAGUGGGAAAGUCGGGAAGGCUCCGAGGCCCAAGAACAGGUGUGCAUCAGUCGUUGUGAGACAGUUCUCUCCCGAUUCAUGUCUCUCCGGAAGGCAAACUACCAAGCUAGCCGUCUUUGGAUCAUCAUGCACAUCUGCCUUGGUUGCGGCUUUUAUCUCGCUGGACAAUUGAAGAGGAACGUAGAGCAAGAACAAGUUACUUCCUCAGAGCAGGGUAAAAGGAAGGCGCAACUUCGCCUUUUGCGUGACUUGGCCCAGAAUUUUGAGCACGAGCUCCCUUGCACGAUGCAUCCGCAGGACAUGGACGUUUUGAACGCGCUCAGACGCAUCAUUGAGACAUGA